AUGGCAGCACAAGCAGUCCGAAACCCCUGGGCCACAACAAAGGCGGUGGAUCUUUCGUUCGUCUUUAUCCACUGUACAGAUAAUUUCUGGCAUCUCCUCCACAAAACAUCAGCCUCCAUUACAGCAAAGUGUCUUCUUCUCCACCUCCUCCGCCAUCGCCUUCUUGGUCUCUUCACUCCUUCUCUCCUCCUUUCUCCUCCUCCGAUCCCUCCUUAUCAAACUCGACCUUAUGUUCAGUCGCCUCCUCCUCCUCCUUCCUCCUUUUUAGUCCUCAUCCUUGCCUCCGCCUCCGACUUCGCCUUCCCUUUCCCUUUUUCUGCUCCUCUUCUCCUUCGUCGUCGUCCUCCUCCUCCCCCUCCUGUUCAACUUCGAACUCAGAUUUAG